AUGUAGAUGUUUGGUCACCCUCAGAUAAUCCUACACAACAAUCCCCGGAAAUAUUCGUCUUUUCGCCUGGGAGUAAGGUCGGUAACGUCAAUAGCAACCUGCCCAACAACCACAUCAUCAAUGACAACGAUACCCCUUCUUUUUUACUAUCGCCUCCAACCGUUAUAUCCUCCAUUCCAUCAAUUGAUCAUCCUCCUUGUUUUCCUUCCAUUGAUGUUGAUAAUUUAUAUGAACAUCCAAACAUGCAUACAGACUUAACAAAUAAUUAUUCUAAUAUGGUUUCAUUCCAGAGCUUACAAUAUGGUACUACUACUCUCCACAUGUCUCCAGCUACGACCACUGGUACUUUUGACACACCUCACAUAUCUCAAAUCACAACACCUUUUUCCAGCCCGCAUAAUGGGACAAUAUCCCCUCUCUGUGGAACAACACCUCAUCAAUCCCCAGAUGUCGACGAUGUCGACCUCGGUCAAUUUACAAACAUAACUAGCCAAUCAGACAAACUUCUGUCUAUGAUUCCUGAUUGA